AAGGGUUACGGGUUGCCUGGAACACGACAUCAUACUAGGCUGAGGCUACCUUUCCUCCACUUCUCCCUAAUGUGACGUCAUCACUGAGUUGCAUAAAAAAAAAGUUUAAUACCAAAAACGUAAAAAGAAAAUUUGGUCUUUUAAGACCAUUUUUGAGACAUUUUAAAAAUGAUAUACAUUUCUUGAGUGAUUUACGUACCCAUUAAUCGACAGUGGUGGUUAACCAGCAACAUGGCCUUUAAAAGGUGCUACUAUGGUUGAUUAUACGCUGUUGUCCUUUAAUGAAACAUUAAUUGUAAUAAGCUACUGGUCUACUAUACUCUUUGCUACUACUGAAAUAGAAUUUACAAGGUUUCGCUGAUAGUUUGAGAAUCCAAUGGCAUUAUGAAGUUUUACUGACUAUUGCUAUUGCUAUUUGAUAUUUCUUAAUGCUUGUCAUUGAUUAAAUAUUUGUAAAACCCUCUGAUUUAAAAGAGUAAUAACAAAAUAAAAUAGAGAAUUAGAGAUAUGAAGUUUGGCUAAUUUAUCAUGACACACCAGUUGAGGCUAAGUUAUGGCAACUGCCAUACUCUGCCAUAUGGAAAAUCUCUGUUCUAAGGGACACAGGAGCAACCCAGUCAUUCAUUCUAGCUGAUGCAUUGCCAUUCACACCAGAAACAUACUCUGGUACAGGGCUCUAGAGUGCGAACUAAUUUGGCCUUAUUUCUCAAUGGUGUAACUAAAAAACAGAGGUCACACCAGCCAUUCAAGAGGGGGAAAAGUGCCCCUGAGAACACACUGGGCUAUAAAAUACCUCGAGACAUAGUACAAUUGCAGAAAAAUGACAAUGUAGUUGGUCCCCUGUACAAGUGGGUGGAGGAGAGAUCAGUGGCAGGCCAGCCAGAGGUGGAAGGAAAUCUUUUGCCUCUGCAAUGGGGUCUUUUUCGUAAACGGCACCUGAGCCGCAGUUGGUGGUUUCCAGGGUGGGCAGAGAAUUAGUCCUUUCUUUGGGUCAUUCUGUACCCUGGUCAGGCCAUUUAGGUAGACUUAAGACUGUAACAGACUGUUACGCUAUUAAGCGCGAUUUGAAUAGUUUGGAGGUUGGAGGUUUAGCACAGGGCUAACAACUCUGUCUUGUAAAAACAAGCACGUUACGGAAACAGCAACAGAAGGAAUCGACGCUACUGGGCGUGAUGGACUUCCAGGGCUAUCGUCAGAUGCUUGGAUGAACGCCAUUGGUGAAAGCCGAAAGGAAGCCAGUGACAGGAAGGUGGAAAUUCUGAAUGCCAAACUUAAGACUAGGAUAGGAUUUUGGAAUGUAAGAACAAUGUACGAUACAGGCAAAUUAGCACAAGUGAUAUCAGAGAUGAGAAGAUACAACAUAGAUAUACUUGGAGUAAGUGAAAGUAGAUGGACAGGAUCAGGGAGACUCACAACAAGCACAGGGGAAACAGUGCUGUACUCAGGAAGAGAUGACCACCAACAUAGGGAAGGAGUAGCCAUCAUUCUAAAGAAAGAAGUAGAAAAGAGCUUGAUAGAGUGGAAACCUGUCAACAGUAGGCUCAUGAAGAUAAGGGUAAGGGGGAAGCAAAUUAACACAACUAUCAUCCAGUGCUAUGCUCCAAGAAAUGACAGCGAUGACACUAGGAAGGAUGAAUUCUACGAACAACUGCAGGUUGUACUGGAAACUACACCCAGACAUGACAUGAGGAUAGUGAUGGGGGACCUAAACGCCAAAAUGGGAAACAACAACACAGAACACGACAGGGCGAUGGGAAGGGAAGGCUGUGGUGUCAUGAAUGAGAAUGGGGAGAGGUUAGCAGAGUUUUGCACCAUGCAUGACCUCGUCAUUGGGGGAACCUUGUUCCAACACAAGGUCAUUCACAAACUAACAUGGCACUCUCCAAACGGAAAGGAUCAAAAUCAAAUAGAUCAUCUCAUAAUAAAUGGCACAUGGAGACGCUCUUUACUUGAUGUUAAGGUCAAACGAGGAGCAGACGUUGGUAGUGAUCACCACCUAGUCACAGCUGUGCUGAGAAUAAAGCUUAAGAAAACAGGAAGCAGAAAAAUAGCCAGAAAGCAAUUUGAUGUCGGAAAGCUAAAUGACACAAAGGUCAGAGGUUAUUUUGUGCUACAACUAAAGAACAGAUUUCAAGCAUUAGCAGAUAUGUUGGAUCAUACAGAGCCAAAAUCAGAUGAUAUCAACACUAUGUGGGAACAGACCAAAACAACCUAUGUGAAGACCAGUGAAGCCUGUCUUGGAUACAAGCACAAGGAAAAGAAGGAAUGGUUAAGUGAUGACACAUGGCAAACUGUAGAAAAUAGAAGGGCCUUAAAGAAGAAAGUAAAUGAGGCAAAGUCUGAACGGCUUAAAGAAAAAUACAGGAAACAAUACCAAGAAACAAACAAAGUAGUGCGAAGGAAAGCUAGAGCAGACAAGCGGGCAUAUCUAGAAAAUCUUGCAAGUCAAGCAGAAGAGGCAGCUAGGAAAGGGGAGCAAGGAAAAGUCUACAAGAUCACUAAAAUAGUGAGUGGCAAACACAGACGAACAACUGAAGCACCAAUAGUAGACAAAAAGGGUCAGCUAUUGACAACUGAGUCACAACAAGAAGCCCGAUGGGCAGAGCACUUUCAGGAAGUUCUAAACAGACCACCACCCACAACAGAACCAAAUAUCCAGCAUGCAGAUAAUGACCUGGACAUUAGCAUUGAACCACCAACAAAGGAAGAAAUUGUCUCAGCCAUUAAAUCCCAAAAAAAUGGAAAAGCCCCUGGCCAAGAUAACCUGAAUGCAGAGCUUUUUAAAGCAGACCCAGAUCUCGCCUCCAAAAUACUUCAACCACUUUUCAAAACCAUCUGGGAGGGAAAAGAAAUACCUGAUGACUGGUCAGAAGGAAUUAUCAUAAAGAUACCAAAGAAGGGCAACUUGAGAGAUUGUAAUAAAUGGCGCGGAAUUACACUCCUAUCGAUACCAAGCAAAAUCAAGGCAAAAAUCAUUGAGCAGCGUCUUACAGAGGCAGUGGAUAAGAAACUCAGGAAUGAACAGGCAGGAUUCCGUAAGGGGAGGGGCUGUAUUGAUCAAAUAUUUGCACUUCGUAACUGUCACGGACAGAAGAGAGAGACAACAGGUGAUUCAGGUAAGUAGAGGUUUAAUAGGAUAUAGGCAGGAAUUACGUGAUCGGGAACGGAGAACAGAUGGUGGCAGGCAAGCUGGGUGAUCAGACGGAGGAUAUUCAGAUGAUACUAGCGAGGUUUAGGUAGUAGAGUCGUUGUUUCUCUGACGAGACCAGACAGAGAGUGACAGGAGCUGAGGGCUUAUGAAGAGGUAGUGGUGAUCAGGUGCAGGUGCGGUGACUUCAAUAAUCAGGGGAUAAUGAGCGGAUGGGAGGAGUCAGGUGAUCGGACUCUGAUGGUG